GCAGUUGCUCGCUGGAUGCGCGUCCAGAUACUCGUGUGUUGGAUCUGUUGCCGUUUCCGUAUACAACUUGACGCGAAUACGUCGUGAAAAUAAUUUCGCGGGUGACUGUCGUAUACUUACUUUUGUGACAAGACUAAUGCCUUUUUAAAGGUUUUGUGUAUAAAUCUUUCUGCGGUAAGUUAUGGUAUUAUUCGUGCAUUUAUUAUUUGCUCUCACUGAGUAAAAAGGAUUAUAUUUUUAGUUAAAUAUUGAAUUUUUAAAGAAUACUAAAUGGAUACUACUGAUUUAAAUAACAACUCUCCCGAAGAAAAGAGUUACUCAUUAAGACCUAGAUCUUCCAUCAAAAGCAACCGAGAUUUCGACCAAGAAGACGAACUUUGGAAGCCCAGAGGAAGGACGAAGAAAAGGUCUAAACAGAAAGCGGCUCCACUGAGUAAGUACAGAAGGAAGACGGCAAAUGCCCGGGAAAGAUCGAGAAUGAGAGAAAUAAACGAGGCGUUCGAGGCUCUUCGCAGAGCAGUUCCUCACCUCAACUCCAACAGCGAAAACCCUAGUGAAAAAAUCUCGAAGAUAAUGACGCUUCGUCUUGCUAUGAAAUACAUAACUGCUCUAAGCAACGCUUUACAAGAACCCAGUUUCGGAGAGUCAUCUCUUAGUGACAUUAUUCUGAGCUGUGAAAGUGUACUCACCCCAGGGUCUCUCAGCGAACACUCGGAAUUCGGCGAUGACUUUUUCUCAACUCCUCUUGCAAACGACUCCCUCUCAUCGGCUUCCCCGUCUUACGACGUGCCCGGGCUUAUUACUCCUCCGCUGUGUGACACGAUGCACCUUCCAUCCUUCAAUCAUCUCAGAUCCGACUCUGCCGUCACUUCUCAUACUUCCACAAACUCUUCAAACCUGCUACUACAGUCGCUCACAAGUGUUGUGGACAAACCUACAAGAACAUUUAAUCAGAUCCAUCAUCCACCAAUAUCUAUACAAAACCAUUGUGAUAUUCGCAGUCAAACUCUAACCCCCCCAGAAGACUUCACCAGGAACUUUUCGAGUUACCAAAUGAAGGAAAAUUCUUUGUCUUCGUCCACUUUUACUUCCUCAUCGACGUUCCUGUCAGCAGACUUUGACGGACUCCCCUCACCAGCGAUGGACUUCGAAGACUUGUUUAUCAAAUGAUGCCAGUUAACAGAUAAGCUUUAUUUCUUUACAGGUUGUGAUAUUAAGAAAUUCAAUUGUGCAAUUUGUUGUUGUGCUUUAAAAAGCAUCUAUGUAUGUUGUCAUGAACAAAGGUUGUGAGUAACAGCUUGUUUAUUUUUAUGAUUUAAUAUAUUUAGUAGAUGUCAUCAUGAAACUCAAAAAUAAAAUACCUCAGAUAUAGCAUUAUAUACUUAAUUGCGUAACAGUUAGUAGUUUUGAUUGUUUAGACCCAAAAUAUUUUUUCUGUUUAGACUGCAUUGCUUUAAUUUAACUGUGAGACAGAGUUUAAGUAAAGCGAAGUGUAUACUCUUGUGUUCGUUAUUGUUUAACAGUUUUACAAUAUUUAAACAUGAAGUACCUAAAAUAAAUGUUUAAAAUGAUAGCAAUACUAUUGUUAUGGCAAUAUUAAUUGGUAGUAUCACUGGUUCUGAUAGUCAACUAAGUCAAACAUUGCGUUCUUUUGAACAAGAAGGAUAAAAGUUCCAUAUUUGAUCACAAAAAGCUGAAUCGUAAAUAGUUUAUUAGGGCUUUGCAUUGUUUGUUCUAUUCUGUAUUUUAAACUAUGAACUUUAAAUAAAAACUGUACAUAAUAUUUAUUUAAAAGUUAUGCCAAAUUUAAACCGGUUAAACUUAAAAACAAU